CUCUCCCUCUUCCAUCUCUGUCUCUCUGUCUCUGUGUCGUGUCAUCAUGAGCUGAAGAGACAUCUGAACUCCGGGACUGUACAGAAGAGAGGCAGAAGACAAGAAGAAAACUUCCCUGAGGUGUGGAAAAGAAGCGCAUUUCAACAGAUCCCAAAUUUCUUUCUCCCAAUAUGGGCUCUGGUCAGAGCAGCGACAAAGUCUACUGCAACCGCUACCUGAACGGACAGGGUCCUCCAUCACUGGCACAACAAGCUAAGGGGGGGCUGAACGGGACCCCCAGCCUAGGGACUGGCUGCCAGCCACAGGGCCAGAUGACCUGGGUGAUCCUCCACAGAGACCUGCCGGGAUUCCCUGACGACAACACCGUGCAGAUCAACUACAUAUUCCCAGAUGGAAUACAGACAGAGAAACACCCCCGCCCGGGACACCCUUACGCAGGGCUGCGGCUCUGUGCUUACCUGCCAGACAACCGGGAGGGCAAGAGGGUCCUCAAGCUGCUGGAGAAGGCCUUCAACCAGCAGCUCCUGUUCACUGUCGCCACCAACAAAGACGGAAAGGACACGGCUACAGCUUCCGUCCCGUUGAAAACACAUGCAGAUGGAGGGAACAGAGCCGAUGGCUACCCAGAUCCGGACUACCUGAAGACUGUGAGAAGGCUCCUGAGGGAUAAAGGCAUUGAAUAACACCCAACACACAGCGCCGCAUGGACCGAUGAAGGCAGAGACUUUGAACGGCCAGAGAACGUGCUAUCCAUGGUUGUUGUAAUCUUGAGUGUAACCUGUGUAUUAAGACAUUAUUGCAGUUCUUAUUCUCGAAAUUUAUUUAUUAUAACAUUAUUGUUACUUGUUCAAAGCAAACAUUUUACUAUAUUACAAAAAAGGAUUUUUUGAAUUCUGAAUAUGAAGUCACAUCAUUGUAUUAUUAUUGUAUCAUUGCAUGUAGUGAGUAGUAGUCCCUGUAUAAGUGAGGUGAAUAUUAGAUUCAUUUUCAAUCUAAACUCCAUGAUACGGACACAUGCGUUUUUAUAAUUCGUUUGUUGUAUUCGAUUUCAUCAUACCUGUACAUUAUGACAGAUGCCAAGCUUAAGGUCA